AUGGCGCCGCCGCGCAACGACAGGAAGAAGGGGAAGGGCGCCGGCGGCAAGACCGACCUGCGCCCCGACCGGAAGCAGUUUAAAAGGCACCGCAAGGAGGAUGCGGCCGGUGAGCAGGGGGAUGGCGACGGAAAGUUGCAGCAGUCGGCAGCGCCGGGUUCCGCUGCGCUCCUCGCCGCAGCUUCUGACGAAGCUGAUUUCCCGAGAGGGGGACGCAGCCUCCUGAGCAAGGAUGAGAUGGCGGAGGCUCGCGCAGAGGCGGAGCAGGAUUUCGAGAGGGAGGGGAAGAAGGGGAAGGGGAAAAGGAAGAGGAGGGGCGGCGAGUCGUCUGGUUUUGGCGAGGAUGACGACUUGGGGACACUCUUCGGCGGGGCCACCACUGGGAAGCUCCCACGCUUUGCUAAUCGCAUCACAGUAAAGAAUAUUUCACCAAAUAUGAAGCUCUGGGGUGUUGUAAUUGAGGUUAACCAGAAAGAUAUUGUGUUAAGUCUACCUGGUGGAAUUAGAGGGUUUGUUCGCUCAGAGGAUGUGUGCGACAUUGCUUUGCAGGAAAAUCGUAAGGAUAGUGAGAACAGUUUAUGUGCAGAAGUUGUUCAUGUUGGUCAGCUUGUUCCUUGUAUAGUCCUACGAGUUGACGAUGAUAAGAAAGAAGGAAAAGUAAACAGACGGGUUUGGCUAUCAUUGCGAUUAAGCGUACUGUACAGGGGAUUUUCCCUGGAUGGCUUGCAGGAAGGAAUGGUACUUACUGCCCAAGUCAAAAGCAUUGAGGACCAUGGUUACAUUCUUCAUUUUGGAGUAUCCUCCUUUAGCGGAUUUAUGCAAAAGGAUGACAAAGAAAAUGUGAAGAUUGAGCGCCGACAACUGAUGCAAUGUGUUGUGAAGGCGAUUGACAAAACUCGGGCUAUUGUUCACUUGAGUUUUGAUAAAGACUUGCUUUCUAAAUCUAUUAUUAAGGAUCUGAAAGGCCUUUCUAUUGAUCAUUUGAUCCCUGGGAUGAUGGUUAAUGCACGCAUCCAUUCAGUUCUUGAAAAUGGAGUCAUGUUAUCAUUUUUUACUUAUUUCAGUGGAACAGUUGAUAUUUUUAAUUUGUUGAAUUCCUUUCCCUCUGGUAAUUGGAAAGAUGAUUACAGUAAGAAUAAGAAGAAUCUAAAAGCUGGAGAUAUCUACGAUAAAUCAAAGGUGCUGAGGAUACAUGAUGUGUCAGACAAGGAUGCAAAAAACUUGGACAAGUUUAAGGAAGGCAGUAGCUUACGUGUCCGUAUACUUGGAGUGCGGAAUCUUGAAGGAGUUGCAAUAGGCACCGUAAAAGACAGUGCUUUUGAAGGGUCUGUUUUCACUCAUGAUGAUGUUAAACCUGGAAUGUUAGUGAGAGCUAAGGUUGCUACUGUUGAGCCAUUCGGUGCUAUUGUACAGUUUUCAAGUGGUGUGAAAGCACUUUGCCCGCUUCCUCACAUGUCAGAGUUGGAAUAUGUUGUGAAACCACCAAAGAAAUUUAAGGUUGGAGCUGAGCUUCUUUUCCGUGUAUUGGGCUGCAAAUCCAAGAGAGUUACAGUGACAUACAAGAAGUCUCUGGUGAAAUCAAAACUUGAUGUGCUAGCAUCAUAUGCUGAUGCAAAAAAUGGUUUAGUGACUCAUGGAUGGAUUACUAAAAUUGAAAAGCACGGUUGCUUUGUAAAAUUCUACAAUGGAGUUCAGGGUUUUGUUAGCAGAUCUGACCUUGGAUUAGAGGCUGGAACUGAAGCAGAAAAUGUUUAUCAUGUUGGUCAAGUGGUCAAAUGUAGAAUUAUCAAUGUGAUCCCUGCUUCAAGGAAACUAAAUGUUAGUUUUGUCAUAUCCCAUAAUAGGGUUAUUCCAAUAGACACUCCAAAGUUGGGUAGUAUUGUCUCUGGUGUUGUGGAACGGCUUACUCCUGCAGCUGUUGUUGUCAGUGUAAAUGGCUUCUCCAAGGGGACAAUACUAAAUGAACAUUUGGCAGACCAUCAUGGUCAAGCUGCUAAGGUGAAGAAUUUGCUGAAACCUGGGCACGAGUUCAACCAACUUCUAGUUCUCGAUAUUGAAGGUCAAAAUUUAGUUCUUUCGGCAAAGCACUCACUUAUCAAUUGCGCAAAUGACAUUCCUUCAGAGAUAUCGCAGAUGCAUCCUGGAGUUGUAGUUCAUGGUUACAUCUGCAACAUUAUCGAAGCUGGUUGUUUCGUCCGUUUUCUCGGACAUUUGACUGGUUUCUCUCCCAAGGACAAAGCAGUUGAUAGGCGGAUAGAAAGGCUUUCUGAUGCGUUCUAUGUUGGCCAGUCAGUUCGGAGUCAUAUACUCAGCGUAAAUGCUGAAACUGCUAGAGUAAAACUCGCACUUCAACAGUCAAUGUGCUCCUCAACGGAUUCUUCAUUUAUUCAAGGAUACUUUCUUCUGGAUCAGAAGAUUGCAGCAUUGAAGUACUCAAGCAAUGAUUGGGCUCACACUUUUGGCAUUGGUAGCUUAGUUGAGGGGGAGGUGGGAGCAAUAGAAGAAUAUGGUAUUAUCCUUAACUUCAAAGACCAUCCGGAUGUUGUUGGCUUAAUCGAGCACCAUCAACUUGGUGGCAGUAGUGUGGAAAUGGGAUCUUCUGUUAAGGGCCUUGUUUUGGAUUUAUCUGAUGGAGUUGUUAACUUGUCCCUUAAACCAGAGCUAAUUGGCAGUGUUAGAAAUGUUGGAAAAAAGAAGAAACGCCAAAGGGCUGCAGUUGCAGAGUUGGAGCUUCAUGAGGAAGUGAAUGCAGUUGUGGAAAUAAUCAAAGAGAGCUAUGUGGUCCUUUCCAUACCUGAGUACAAUUACGCAAUUGGUUUUGCACCACUGAUGGAUUACAACUCACAACUGCUUCCCCACCACCACUAUGAUAAUGGACAACGCAUUACUGUGGUUGUUGGAAAUAUCCCAAGUUCUGACUCUUCUGGAAGACUUAUCCUACUACCAAAAGCUUCAGCUCAGUAUUCUGCCCUCUCUGAAUCUAAAAGGGCUAAGAAGAAAUCAGGCUACAAAAUUGGGUCACUUGUUGAAGCAGAGAUUAUUGAUAUCAAGCCGCUUGAACUUCUACUGCAAUUUGGUGGCAAUCUUCAUGGAAGAAUCCAUAUUACUGAGGUUCUUGAAGAGGAUUCUGAUGUGCAUCCCUUUAGUAAACUCAGAAUAGGGCAAAAGCUUACUGCCAGAAUUGUUGCAGUGGCUGAACCUUCUGGAAAGAGUGGCAAAAACUUCAAAUGGGAAUUGUCUAUUAGGCCAUGUAUAGUCAAGGGAGAGUUUGAAGAAUUAACUGCUCAAAAAGAACAAAAGCACACCACAAAUGAGAUUAUUGGACCUCAUCUCCAUGGGAGGGUUCAUUAUACUGAAAUUGUUGACUCAUGGGUGGCCGAACCAUUGUCUGGAUUCCAUGAGGGCCAGUUUGUGAAGUGCAAGGUCCUGUCUGUGAGCCGCUCAUCAGAAGGAUCACUUCGAGUUGAUUUAUCACUCCGUUCAUCAAACCUGAUCAGAGACUCUAACAACUCAGGACUAGUUGAUGAUCUGGCAAUCUGUACCUCCCGGAUAGAGAAGAUCAAGGAUCUGCUUCCCGGAACAGAGAUUAAGGGCUAUGUGAAGAAUGUUAAUUCUAAAGGAUGUUUUAUUAUGCUUUCUCGAAUGGUUGAGGCUAGAAUUACUCUAUCAAAUUUGUCAGAUGAGUAUGUUGAAAAUCCGCAGAAGGAUUUCCCUGUUGGAAUGCUUGUACAUGGAAGGGUCCUGUCUACGGACCCAUCAUCAGGGAGAGUUGAGGUUUCACUUAGGACGACCACUGGUUCCAAAUUGGAAAAGCUGGAUGAUAUUAGUUAUAGUGAUUUGCAUGUUGGGGAUAUCAUUGAUGGCCAAGUUAAGCGGGUUGAAUCCUUUGGAUUAUUCGUUACAAUUCGGAGAAGUGAACUGGUUGGUUUGUGCCAUGUAUCAGAACUUUCUGAUGAACCUGUCGUUGAUAUUAACUCUUGCUAUAAAGCUGGUGAUAUGGUUAAAGCCAAAAUUCUGAAGAUCGAUGAGAAGCGGCAUCGAGUAUCACUUGGAAUGAAGAAGUCGUACUUUGAUUCUGAUCUGACUGCUGACACAAAUGAUGAUGAAGAUGAUGAAAGUGCUCUUAUGGACAUCAGUGUUGCCCCUCAGAUGGUUGAAUAUCAUAACAGAAAUUUAGUUCAUCGCAAAGCAAAACCAAUGGCUUCUGUGCCGCCUCUUCAGGUUUCCUUGGAUGAAUCUGAAGGUUCUGACCUAGAGGAGGAUAAUAAUAAUAAAGGUCUUGAAAUUGCAAAUGGAACUGAAGCAAAUGCUAAAAAGAAUGAUAAACAAUUAAAGAAGGAAGCAAGAAAACAAAGGGAACUAGAAAUCAGUGCUAUGGAGGAAAGGGCUUUGCAGGGAGAUGUACCACAAACUCCAGAUGAUUUUGAGAAGUUGGUCAGGAGCUCCCCAAAUAGUAGUUUUGUCUGGAUAAAAUAUAUGGCCACUUUGUUAGAUCUUGCAGAUGUUGAGAAAGCACGUGCAGUAGCUGAGAGGGCUUUAAAAACAAUAAUCCCCAGAGAAGAAGAGGAGAAACUUAAUGUUUGGGUAGCAUAUUUCAAUCUGGAAAAUGAAUACGGUGGUCCACGGGAGGAUGCUGUGAAAAAGGUAUUUCAAAGAGCCUUGCAAUAUUGUGAUCCCAAAAAGUUGCACUUGGCUCUUCUUGCGAUGUACGAGAGGACCGAACAGUACGAACUUGCAGAUGAACUUCUAGACAGAAUGACCAAAAGGUUCAAAACUUCCUGCAAGAUAUGGUUAUGCCGCAUUCAGUUCGCCCUCAAGCAAGGCAAGGAUGUUGAGUACAUCAAAGCCAUUGUAAACCGUGCGCUUCUAAGUUUGCCACAUAGAAAGCGCAUAAAGUUCCUCUCACAGACAGCUAUUCUAGAAUUCAAAUGUGGGGAAAUCCGCCUUGGUGACAUAGAAGUUAUACGGGCAUUGUUUGAGAGGGUGACUUGUCUUACCCUACCUCCAAAAAAGAUGCAGUUCUUGUUCAAGAAGUACCUUAAUUUCGAGAAGUCACUGGGUCAAGACAACGAAAGAAUUCAGCUUGUGCAGCAGAAGGCAAUUGAAUAUGUUCAGAGUUCACUGCCGUCACAAGACAACCCUUGA